AUGUGGACCAUGGCCAGCCUUGUUCGCCGGGUGCAUGCCAAAGGAGCAUCGGGAGCAAGCCGGGCGGGGCGGCGGUGGUGGUUUCCUCGGGCAAACUUCACCAUCACAACGGACCGGUUGACAGGGCUGAUCGAGUUUCCGCCGGGGUUCAGGUGCAUAUGGAACGACCUGCCGCACGGCCUCCAGUUCACGAUACUCUUGCUGAUGCUGGGGAUCCUGUACGGAGUCAAUCGACUCUUCGACAAAGCCGACGAGGCUGUGUACACUCGCCUGGCCUGCGCCACAUCAGGGCUACUGAAUGAGAAAAGAAACCACCACGCCCCCCGAUUACUCUAG